AUGGCGGCACUAACGAUUGAUGACCUUUCAAUAACCACAUAUCCCGAUGGCGGUCUCCAAGCAUGGCUCGUCGUCCUCGGCUCUUGGGCCUGCAUGAUCCCCUCCAUGGGGCUUCUCAACACCAUGGCCGUGUUGCAGGCCAGAUUAUCAGAGAAUGAGCUGCGGAACCUGCCAGAAUCGACAAUUGGUUGGAUUCUGAGCAGCUAUGCCUUUUUUCUCUACUUUUGCGGGGCGCAAGUUGGUCCAAUCUUUGAUGCAUAUGAUGUCAAGUAUCUGGUAAUCCCAGGGAAUAUCGGUAUUGUCAUUUCCAUGAUGCUGAUCGGCCUAUGCAAAGAAUUCUACCAAUUCUUCCUCUGCUUCGGCCUCCUCGGCGGCGCCUCAGCCUCCCUGCUCUUCAAUCCCGCCAUCGCCAUCAUCGGCCACUACUUCGACAAGCGCCGUGCUCUAGCCACAGGAAUUGCUUGCACCGCUGGUGGUCUCGGAGGCAUCGUGUUCCCUCUCAUCAUCCUCUACCUCACCCCGCAGAUCGGCUUCCCCUGGGCCACCCGCAUCAUCGCCUUCAUCUGCCUGGUCAUGGGCGGCAUCUCCGUCUGUCUGAUGAAGAAGCGACUCCCUCACAACAAGAACACUAGUACUCGUAUUGGCAGCUCCAUUGACUUCAAAGCUCUUCGUGACCCGAAGUAUGCUCUCACCACCCUCGCCGUCUUCCUUGUCGAAUUCGCCGUCUUCAUCCCCUAUACGUACAUCUCCUCUUAUGCCAUCCACGCCGGUAUGCCCACUCAGCGAGCGUACCUCCUCAACGCUCUCGUUAACGUCGGUGCAAUUCCCGGUCGUGCUUUGCCAGGUUACGCUGCCGAUCGCUUCGGCGCCUUUAAUGUACUUGCCAUCUGCUCUACCACAUGUGCAGCCUUGAUAUUCGCGCUUUGGUAUACAGCCGGCACCAAUGAGGCCGCCAUAUACUCUUUUACCGUGCUGUAUGGUUUCUGGUCUGGUGCCGCGAUUAGCAUCACGCCGGUUUGCAUUAGCCGAGUCUGCAAUAUCGAAGACAUAGGCAAGCGGACUGGCACGGCCUUUUUCAUCGCAAGCUUCGGUGUGCUCAUUGGCCUUCCCAUCGCGGGAGCCAUCUUGAAAACAGAUGGCGGCUCCUACAACGGAGUCAUUAUUUUCGCAGGCGUUUUCUACGCCGCCACUGUUGCUACGCUUUACCUUGCCCGUGGCGUGGCUGCUGGCUGGGGACUCAAAGUCAUCUUCUAA